AUGCCAAACCCUUCGCAACUCCUCCUCCUUGCCGACCACAUCAAACUCUCCCUGCUCGAACGGCAACGAGCCAUCUCCCUCGACCUCGAACCCAACAGCCAAGAUGGCGAGAUCUCACGCUCCCUCGACUCCUUAAAAGAGGGCAUCGAUGGCGUGGAAGCAGAAUGCGCCCGACUCGAAGAAUCCAACGACGGCAGCGCCGCCGAUAUGAGAGACCAGCUCGGCCACCUACACUCCCAAUACCGAGACCUGUCAUCCCAAUUCCACGGCCUGGAUGCUGCAGCAGACGAUCCCGUCGAGUUCACCAACAUCCAGAAAUCCUCGCCGGACUUGAAACAGCCCGUCCCGCAGCACCCAUCUUCUAAAUCCGUCCGGUUCAUGGAUUCCGCAGCCGAAGAGGACGAUCUCAACCGUCGCAACUUGUUCCAGCCGUACCGCGACUCGCCCUCCCCACAGGGCGUGGAUACCUCCGACAUGUCCAACCAGCAGGUCUACGACCAUCAUGAACAAAUCAUGCGCGACCAAGAUGAGCACCUCGACCGACUGGGCGAGUCGAUUGGCCGACAGCACCAGCUCAGUAUCCAAAUUGGGGACGAACUCGAGGGCCAUGUUGCGUUGUUGGAUGAUAUGGAUGGUCAUGUGGAUAGACAUCAGGGUCGGUUAGACAAUGCGAGACGGCGACUGGAUCGAGUCCGACGAAGUGCGGGCGAUAACUGGAGUAUGAUGACAAUCAUUGGAUUGAUCAUCAUCUUGGUCAUUUUGAUCGUCCUUUUGAAAUGA